AUGGCUGGAAGGAGGAGAACCAGUUUCUCCGCUGUGGCCAUCGUAACACUGCUGGCUGUGAUCCUGCUGCCUGCUGGAGAAAGUAUCCAGGAGAAGUCGGCUGCUGCAGAGUUACACAGGAGGCUGAUUCGCAACCGCAGGAACAUCAGCUGGUACAAAGAGAACUCUGACUACUGGGGCUGGUACAAGUACUUCACCGAAAAUGGCAACCAGGAGGCUGUUCAGGAGAUGGACCGCAUCUACCUGGCCUACCUCCAGAACAAGAACCGUGCUGAGGCGCGUCGCUCCCACAAGGCAUACUUGCGUCACCUCGGAGACGUCUACAAAUCCUGCUCCGAAUCUGAUGACCCUAACUGUGUGUCUUCAUACACCAGUAGGGCCAAACCUAAGCCAGAGGCCCCCAAACCUGCACCUGUGAGAACCUGUGACCCCACCAAGGACCCUUACUGCCUGUACGCUGCUUUGGUCCAGGGCAAAAGCCCCUACCUGCCCCUGGUGCUCCCAGCUACCCCAGCAGCAGUAGCACCUGCACCAGUAAAGGCCCCAGCUCCUAUGUAUGUCCGCUCUGCUGCUCCAGCAAAGGACCCCCAGUCAGGGUAUUACUACUACGCUCCAUCCGCAGUGCCUUUCCUUACCAAGGAGCAGAAGGCCGAGCUACUGCGUAUCUGCUCCUCUGAGGACGUGGAGUGUCUGCAGUACCACCUGAGAGCGGCCCAUGGGUAUUCACCCUCUGCCGGACCCGUGCCUUCCUACGCUCACCUGGGCUGUGAUCCCAAGAAAGACCCCAACUGCAAAGCCAAGCUGGUGCAGAAAGCCCCCUCUGGUCUCUACCUGCAGUACCCCAACUGCGAUCCACUCCGUGAUCCCCGCUGUGCCCACGCUGCCUCCCUUGCGCCUCGUUCACCCAACCCCCCUGCCCCUGCUGGCCCUGGAUCCUGCAACCCUGUAUUUGAAGAAGGCUGCAACCCUCUUACUGCUACCAAAUAUGCAACUCCCCCUGCGACCUACAACAAGGAGGAAGGAGAAGAGGCUGCUGCCAUUCGUGCUCCUCCUCCUUCUAUGCAGAACCAAGACCCCUAUGCCAUGUUUAGGGAUGCUUAUGCUCAUGCUAAUGCUAAUGCUAAUGCUAAUAGACAGUUCCCUUUUUCCAGUCCCACUUAUGAGGAGCCUGCCAGGGAGGAGCACAACCCUCUGGGCCCCCCAGGUAAAACCAAAGAGGGCCAUGACUGCUUCAUUGGCUACGAUCGUGAAUGCUACCCAGUGAAGCCCGCCGAGCCUCGAUCUGGAAUUCACCGACGUAUGCCCUACCCUGCCGAGGCCUACGAGCCCCACCUGAAUGCCGACGGAUCCAGAAACGGCGUCAUGGAGCCUUCAAACCCAGACUGUGACCCUGAGUACGAUCGUGACUGCCGCCUGCGCCGUUUUGAGUCCCAGCCUGAGCCUGAGCAUCACGCUGAGGAGGAUCACAGCCAGGUGGCAGCAGAGAGCGAGCAGCAGCCACAGCAGAUGGAACAGGAGCAGUACGAGGCGGAACCCUACCAGAGCGGCCAGGAGGAGCCUCACAUGCCCUACCAGCCGCUCGCACAGGGAAUGCCCAGCCUCCAAGACAUACUGAGGCGCUACGGAGACCAGUACUCCGAGCAGGAAGAUCACAGAGCCUAUGCAGAUGACUACCGCAAGAAAUAA